GAUGGCGGCAGCGAGCUCUAGGGCCGGGCCGGAUCGGAUCGGGUCUCCGUCCCCGUCAACGCCGUGUGGGCCGUGCUUCGGGCAGCGAGGCGGUGACCGGGCUGCGGAGAAGGAGAGGGGAGGAGAGAAAGGGGAGAAACUGCCCGCCGGCCCGCCUUGGCAACGGCGCGGCGUUAGGCCUGCGCGGCUGUUCCUCACGGCCUGAGGGCAGCGGGCGCCUUUUCUUGCGCUCCGGUUCUGUGGUGGCGGUAACGGCUUCGCGCGGGGCUGGGCAGAAGUGUGCUGGGGGGUCGGGCUGAAGUCGCCUUAUUUUUAAACCUGCGAUAGCCGGAGCUUUAUUAAUCACCUCUGCAACUCCGCUACCCCAGGGCUUGUGGGCCAGGCCCCUAGAGCACAGUCAGCCUGUUGGUAAAAUGAAGAGGGUGCUUAGAGCGUCUCAGCCCAUCUUUUGGGGGUUUUGGGUUAAAUUUAGAAGUAGGUUUGUUUUUUUUUAGUGUAAACGUUUGCCUCAUUGAAUAAAUGUUUUUAUUUUAGCAGUCGUUACUGGCUCUGACAGUGAACAAAGCGAAACAAUAUGUUAAUAUCACAGCUGGCUUCCCAGUUAUUGAAGGCUUCACGAAUUGCAGGCCACCUUUUGCCAAGGUCAGUGUCAUCCUUUCUUUGCUGUCGUUCUACAUCUGCACACUACAGCACACAGCCAUCUAACAAGAGUGGAGCCCAGCCUCAGCAGUGGUAUGCUCUGGACCCUGAACUGGAAGAGAUGCUCAUCCCCAGAAAACUUUCCAUCAGCCCCUUAGAAAGCUGGCUGACGGUUAGAUACUCCCUUCCUAAAGCAGAAGUCCUUAAUGCUCAGGAAGAAGUGGGCUGUGAACCUCUCCAGCAAUAUGACUGUCCCCCGUCUGAGGGGGGAGCUGGUGUGGAGGAAGGAGAAGGAACAUUUAGCAACACACUUCAGUGUAAGAACGUUCUGAAGAUUCGCAGAAGGAAAAUGAAUCGGCACAAGUACAAAAAGCUGCUAAAGCGAAGAAAGUUUGUACGGAAGAGGAUAAAAGAAGGUCGCAAGAAGAAACGUCAGAUGAAAUUUGAGAAAGAUUUGGAGCGCAUCUGGAAAAGAGCUGGUUUGAAAAAUCCUCCUGCGGGAUGGCAAACACCCAAGAUAUUUCUGAAAAGUUCAAAGCGAUAAAAACACUUGUAAUGAGUUUUAGCCUGUAAUUGUAAUAAAAAAAAUAUUUAAGUAUGCCAAUUACUUUUAACCUUUUUCUGAGUGGGAUGAAAUUAGUAGGAGAAAACUUUCAGUCUUGGUGAGCUUUUUUCCAAGGACAAACCUGACAGCAAUGUGCUUUUCCUCCUUGAAAGAAUGGUGUGAGCCCUUGGAUAGUGAUUUGGCACUGCCGUGCACAGCCCUGUGCUGCUGCUCCCAACCAGCAAAGGUGUCCUGGACUGCAGCUGCAUUUCUGAAGUUACUAUUUAAGGUUAGACUGAACUAACUGUAUGAGAAGAACAAUUGGUUGUGGGAGAUGGGAUAACUGAAAGAAUUCUUCUGAUUGCAAGUCUAACUAUAGAAGACACAAGCAUUUUGAAAAGUUCAAAAUCGCAUUCUUUCCUUGUCUUACUAUAGAAGGGCUGGUGUUUACUAAGAGUUAUGGUGAAAUAUGAAUUGGAUUGGAAUUCCAUAGAAUACAUCUGCAAAAGCUUUAAUUCUCACUUACCUGAAGCCAUACUGUUAUCUGCAAUAGGCAUUGCAUGAGUAUCCUUAAAAGGCAUACUUAUUUUUUCUGUUCUGUUUUGUGCUAAUAAAAAAUGUGGGUUUUUUUUAUUCUACAAUUGACCCCUGUUCAUACAGAACAUCUAGGUAUUGGUAACAGUAGAAGUUCAGAGCUAAAUAUUCAUUAACUACAAAAACUGUUUUGUGCUUGAGACAACCUUGAUGUAAUUGGUUUUACAUGAUUGAAGAGUUGUGAAAGCUGUGAAAAAUA